GGGGCUGCUUGUAGGGGGAUGGAAAAAACAGAGGCUUAAAAAAAUAUAUCAUGCUGCUGAAAUUUCAGCAAGAGGGGACAAGAGAGAGCGCGUGAGAGAGAGAGAGGGAGAGAGAGAGAGAGAGAGAGAGAGAGAGAGAGAGAGAGAGAGAGAGCAAAGCCGUCCCAGGCUUCCUCGUCUCUUUCACGUCAGAGGCAGGAACCGACUGUACUAAGGCUGUUGGCUCAGCACGCAGGGACGGAGAAAGGCGCAGACACAGAGUGAGAGAAGAGGGGUCCUCCCUGACCCAAGGAAUUACCACUAGUGGAGUAAAGCCACCUGACUUUUCGAGCUUAUUUUUGUUGCCUCCGCUUUCUCCUUCCACUCUAGCCCUGCCAGCUUGGGUUUCAUUUCUUUCGUGGAGCCUCCUCUCAUCCUCCCAGGAAAGGAGGAAGGGAAGAGAAGAGAGAGAGGUGGGCUCUCUAGGUGAGCGCAUCAGCUGGCUCCAGCCCGCAAAGACAAGAAUUCUCUACACAGGAAGCUCCUCUAGCUCCCGUGCCACCCACCCCCAGCCCGGGUGGCCAUAUCAUCGUGACUGCAGAGACCAGUUCUCUUUUGGUGUUAGGAUAAAAGAACGUGCGGAAAAGAGAAAACAUCGAAGACAGCAUCGCUAAAGGCCGGUCUUGAACCCAGCGCUCUGCUGAGAGGAUGGGGGCAGACGGGGAAACAGUGGUCUUGAAGAACAUGCUCAUUGGCGUCAACCUGAUCCUUCUGGGCUCCAUGCUCAAGCCCUCGGAGUGUCAGCUGGAGGUCACCACGGAAAGGGUCCAGAGACAGGCGGUGGAGGAGGAAGGAGGCGCUGACGGCUACAGUACAUCCGGCAAAGAGCAGCCGGUGGUCUUCAACCACGUGUACAACAUUAACGUGCCCCUGGACAGCCUCUGCUCCUCGGGGCUGGAGGCCUCGGCCGAGCAGGAGGUGAGUGCCGAAGACGAGGUGCUGACAGAGUACACGGGCCAGACCUCGGACCACGCGAGCCAGGUCACCUUCACCCACAGGAUCAACCUCCCCAAAAAGGCCUGCCCAUGCGCCAGCUCUGCCCAGGUGCUGCAGGAGCUGCUGAGCCGCAUCGAGAUGCUGGAGAGGGAGGUGUCAGUGCUUCGGGACCAGUGCACCAGCAGCUGCUGCCAGGAAAGUGCGGCCACAGGACAACUGGAUUAUAUCCCUCACUGCAGUGGCCACGGCAACUUUAGCCUCGAGUCCUGCGGCUGCAUCUGCGAUCAAGGCUGGUUUGGCAAGAACUGCUCGGAGCCCUACUGCCCCCUAGGCUGCUCCAGUCGGGGCGUGUGUGUGGAUGGCCAGUGCAUCUGUGACAGCGAGUACAGCGGCGACGACUGCUCAGAGCUCCGGUGCCCGACAGACUGCAGCUCCCGGGGGCUGUGCGUGGACGGGGAGUGUGUCUGUGAAGAGGCCUACACUGGCGAGGGCUGCAGCGAGCUGAGGUGCCCUGGGGACUGUUCAGGGAAGGGGAGAUGUACCAACGGUACCUGCCUGUGCCAGGAGGGCUACGCUGGUGAGGACUGCGGCCAGCAGUGGUGUCUGAACGCCUGCAGUGGGCGAGGACACUGCCAGGAGGGGAUCUGUUUCUGUGAAGAGGGCUACCAGGGCCCUGACUGCUCGGCAGUUGCCCCUCCAGAGGACUUGCGAGUGGCUGGUAUCAGCGACAGGUCCAUUGAGCUGGAAUGGGACGGGCCGAUGGCAGUGACGGAAUAUGUGAUCUCUUACCAGCCGAUGGCCCUGGGGGGCCUCCAGCUCCAGCAGCGGGUGCCUGGAGAUUGGAGUGGUGUCACCAUCUCGGAGCUGGAGCCAGGUCUCACCUACAACAUCAGCGUCUACGCUGUCAUUAGCAACAUCCUCAGCCUUCCCAUCACGGCCAAGGUGGCCACCCAUCUCUCCACUCCUCAAGGGCUACGAUUCAAGACAAUCACAGAGACCACCGUGGAGGUGCAGUGGGAGCCCUUCUCAUUCUCCUUCGAUGGGUGGGAGAUCAGCUUCAUUCCAAAGAACAAUGAAGGAGGGGUGAUUGCCCAGCUCCCCAGUGAUGUUACAUCCUUCAACCAGACGGGAUUAAAGCCUGGGGAGGAAUAUACUGUCAAUGUGGUGGCUCUGAAAGAGCAAGCCCGGAGCCCCCCUACCUCGGCCAGCGUCUCCACUGUCAUUGAUGGGCCCACGCACAUCCUGGUUCGAGAUGUCUCCGACACUGUAGCCUUCGUGGAGUGGACCCCACCUCGAGCCAAAGUCGAUUUCAUUCUCUUGAAGUACGGCUUGGUGGGCGGGGAAGGCGGGAAGACCACCUUCCGACUGCAGCCUCCCCUGAGCCAGUACUCGGUACAGGCCCUGCGGCCCGGCUCCCAAUACGAGGUGUGGGUCAGCGCAGUCCGUGGAACCAACGAGAGCGAGUCCACCACCACCCAGUUCAUAACAGAGAUUGACGCCCCCAAGAACCUGCGGCUUGGUUCCCGCACAGCAACCAGCCUUGACCUUGAGUGGGACAACAGUGAAGCAGAGGUUCAGGAGUACAAGAUUGUGUACAGCACCUUGGCAGGCGAGCAGUACCAUGAGCUGUUGGUCCCCAAGAGCAUCGGUCCAACCACCAGAGCCACGAUCACAGAUCUGGUGCCUGGCACUGAGUAUGGAAUUGGAAUAUCCGCCAUCAUGAACUCACAGCAAAGUGUACCAGCCACCAUGAAUGCCAGGACUGAACUGGACAGUCCUCGAGACCUCAUGGUGACAGCCUCCUCAGAAACCUCCAUCUCCCUCAUCUGGACCAAGGCCAGCGGCCCCAUUGACCACUACCGAAUCACAUUCACCCCAUCCUCUGGGAUCGCCUCCGAAGUCACUGUGCCCAAGGACAGGACCUCGUACACACUGACAGAUCUAGAGCCCGGGGCAGAGUACAUCAUUUCAAUCACAGCUGAGAGGGGUCGGCAGCAGAGCUUGGAGUCCACGGUGGAUGCCUUCACAGGCUUCCGCCCCAUCUCCCAUUUGCACUUUUCUCACGUGACCUCCUCCAGUGUGAACAUCACCUGGAGUGACCCAUCCCCUCCAGCAGACAGACUCAUUCUGAACUACAGCCCCCGGGAUGAAGAGGAAGAGACGAUGGAGGUCUCUCUGGAUGCCACCAAGAGGCAUGCUGUCCUGAUGGGCCUGCAGCCAGCCACCGAGUACAUUGUGAACUUGGUGGCAGUCCACGGCACAGUGACCUCUGAGCCCAUCAUGGGCUCCAUCACCACAGGAAUUGAUCCCCCCAAAGACAUCACAAUCAGCAAUGUGACCAAGGACUCAGUUAUGGUCUCCUGGAGCCCUCCUGUUGCGUCUUUUGAUUACUACCGAGUAUCAUAUCGGCCAACACAAGUGGGACGACUGGACAGCUCGGUGGUGCCCAACACAGUGACAGAAUUCACCAUCAGCAAGCUGUACCCAGCUACCGAAUAUGAAAUCAGCCUCAACAGCGUGCGGGGCAGGGAGGAGAGUGAGCGGAUCUGCACUCUUGUGCACACAGCCAUGGACAAUCCUGUGGAUCUGACUGCUACCAACAUCACUCCAACAGGAGCUCUGCUGCAGUGGAAGGCACCAGUGAGUGAAGUGGAGAACUACGUCAUUGUUCUCACACACUUUGCAGUUGCUGGAGAGACCAUCCUGGUUGAUGGAGACCGUGAGGAAUUCCAGCUUGUUGAUCUGCUUCCUAGGACCCACUAUACCGUCACUAUGUAUGCCGCCAGUGGGCCUCUCACCAGUGGCACGAUCAGCACCAACUUCUCUACCCUCCUGGACGCUCCUGCCAAUCUGACAGCAAGUGAAGUCACCAGACAAAGUGCCCUGAUCUCCUGGCAGCCUCCCAGAGCAGAGACUGAGAAUUACAUCUUGACCUACAAAUCCACCGAUGGAAGCCGCAAGGAGCUGAUUGUGGAUGCGGAGGACACGUGGAUCCGACUAGAGGGCCUGUCUGAGAGCACAGACUACACGGUGCUCCUGCAGGCAGCCCAGGACACCGAGCGGAGCAGCAUCACCUCCACCGCCUUCACCACAGGGGGCCGGGUCUUCCCUCAUCCUCAAGACUGUGCCCAGCAUUUGAUGAACGGAGACACUCUGAGCGGGGUUUACACCAUCUUCCUCAAUGGAGAGCUAAGCCGGAAGUUACAGGUGUACUGCGAUAUGACGACCGACGGGGGUGGCUGGAUUGUAUUCCAGAGGCGGCAGAAUGGCCAAACUGAUUUUUUCCGGAAAUGGGCUGAGUACCGCGUUGGCUUCGGGAACCUGGAGGAUGAGUUUUGGCUGGGGCUGGACAACAUACACGGGAUCACGUCCCAGGGCCGCUACGAGCUGCGCAUAGACAUGCGUGACGGCCAGGACGCCGCCUUCGCCUACUACGACAAGUUCUCUGUCGAGGGCAGCAGAAGCCUGUACAAACUCCGCAUAGGAGGCUACAACGGCACCGCAGGGGACUCCCUCAGCUAUCAUCAGGGCCGCCCUUUCUCCACAGAGGACAGAGACAAUGAUGUUGCAGUUACCAACUGUGCCAUGUCAUACAAGGGGGCUUGGUGGUAUAAGAACUGCCACCGGACCAACCUCAAUGGGAAAUACGGGGAGUCCAGGCACAGCCAGGGGAUCAAUUGGUACCAUUGGAAAGGCCAUGAGUUCUCCAUCCCCUUCGUGGAAAUGAAGAUGCGCCCCUACAGCCACCGUCUCGUGGCGGGGAGGAAACGGCGGUCCUUGCAGUUCUAAGCAGUGGGCGGCUGCGAGCCAACUGAC